UCACCCAUUCACAACCGGAAUACGUCCAACUUGUGUUUUGAAACUUUGGUCAUGUGUAGCAUGAGAAUCCAACUCUUUAACAGUGUAAAUAAAUCAGAAUGCAUGAAAUAGCAUUAGAAUAGUCCCCCAUUCAAUCUGUUCUCCAUCUAUCACAGUGACCUCUGAACUGAAAGAUAUGUGCUGACCAGGUAUAGGAAGUGCCACACCCUCAAAACAUUUUUUUUUUUCUUCGAAGCAUGAACUUUGUCACUUCUGCUUCGUCCACGAGAACGGGAAGAGCAAACGUGUGGUAUAUCUGUCUUUGAAUGUCUAGCCUAUGUACAUAGAAACAAAAAAUGUCAGGAUCCAUCAAAGUCCUCAGUCUUCAUUACAACAAGAUUAAUGAAAGCAAUACUUUUACUAGUGGGGACAUUGUGGAGGGGCAAGUUGUUUUGGAAUUGACCAAAGAAAUAGAUGUGGACAGUUUUUUUGUGAAGCUGAAGGGAGAUGCAAACGUGCGCUGGGCUGAAAAAUCAGGUGAUAACGAAAGAACCUACCAUGACCAUGAGAGAUACUUCAAACUAAAGCAAUACUUCAUUCAAGAGAGCUCUAAGAAAGGACAAGAAAGGAAUACCACACUUGGUAGUGGAGAAACAUAUGGACCAGUGAUUAGACCAGGAUGUCACGUUUUUCCAUUCAGAUUUCAGCUGCCUCAAAAAAAUAUGCCUCCAUCUUUCAAAGAAUUUCAUGCUUGUGUUAAGUACGUCAUGACAGUAAAGCUGAAGAGGCCUUUGAAGCCAACAUCUACAGCAUGUACAGAAUUAACCUUUGUGCCUAGGAAUGAUGGGACCAAUGAUAAUUUACUGCAACCACAAUCUGGCACACAAGACAAGAAAAUUAAACCUUUUGGCUCAGGAAAAAUGUCAAUGACAGUAACAACAGACAAAACUGGCUAUAUGCAAGGUGAAACAAUCACAUUUUUUGUUGAUGUUGACAACUUUUCAUCUCGUGACUGCAAGUUAAAGUACAGCCUCAUGCAACAGCAGAUGUUCAUUGUUGGCGAGAGAACUAGAAGAAAAUUAAGAUACAUAAUCCAAGAGACUAAAGAUCGCAUCCCAUCUGGAGAAAAGCAAGAAUUCAUAGUAAACCUGAAGCUUCCACGUGAUCUGACUGUCACCAUUGAAAACUGCAGAAUUAUACAAGUGCAGUAUGAACUCAAGGUGUCUCUGGAUGUGUCUUUCGCCUCAGAUCCAGCAGUCAGAUUCCCUGUGGUUAUUCUUCCAGCUGACCAACAAUGUCCUUCCUGGCAAGGCCCACCUGCAGGAUUCCAGUCAUAUCCACCACCUCAGCCUAACCUUGUGCCCUAUCCUGGGGAACAACCACCUUCAUAUGCAGAACUUUACCCCAACUUAUAUGACCCUACAGCUCUACCCCAUCCAGGAGCUGCUGCAGGGCUUUAUCCAGAUCCAAAUGCAAUGCUGCCUGGUUUCUAUCUGACUCCAUCUGCACCAGUUUAUGAUCCAAAUCAAAAAACAUUAGAAUCCUCUUCUAAUUUGUCUUAUUAGUCUCCUUCACCAGACAAACUUCUGACUACCACUUGAUGUGUCAAUUAUAACUUCAUGGUCUUAGCUGCAUGAUUUAAGCUCAGCGUCUAUCAUUGUGCUUUAUAAACUAAGACUUUUCAGGGAAUGUAGCAGGGAAAGUAGCUGCAGUUCUUGGGAUGUAAAAAAAAAAAAAAAUCUCUGACCACUCCAACUAAAACUUAUUUAGCUGAAUCUGAUCGUACUGCAUGCUGUUGUUUUUAGAACAUGUUGCAGCUUUUUUGUUGUUGUUGUUCUAAAUUUUCACUUUUGAUCUUCCUUCAUGUUAAAAUAAUCUAUGAACUGUAAUUGCUAAAAUCUUUUACAUAUUUGCACUAGUUUCUUUACAAAGUUAUUGUCACAUGUAUAUUGUAUGUGUUUUGGUUCUGUUUUCCCUGUUCCUGUCUACCUGCGUUCCCUAGUUAGUUUCCAUGGUUUUUAAUUAGUCCCACACAUCCGUUCUGAUUUAUUAUUAUUAGACUCUCAACAUACACACAAAUCUCUAGGUAUCAAAUACUUUAAUCCCCUACAUCAAGAACCCAUCAUAAUUCAUUCAAACACAAGCUAUUAAAGCAAGACACAGAAGCAAGAGUUUCUGCAGCUGCAGGGUGGAGCAUCAGUUUUCACAGCUUGAAACAUGUACUGUAGGUCUACACAGCAGAUAAAUCUGCAAGUGAAAUGAUGAAAAUCAGCCUCAUCUAAUACUGAUGUAAGUAUUAUUUAUGCUUUUUCUCCUUAUGCCAUCUUUACAAAGGUGAUACUGAAGCUUGUAACCAUGGAAAUGAGUAGUUACACAAAGUUUAACACAAGUGGUUUUGAACAGGAAUAACCGUUUUAAUUAAAUUAAUAUUUUAAAUCGAAAUGUGGGGGAAGGAUAGGCAUUCCUGUGUGAGUUGGCCCAAUAACUGGAAAUAAAUAUUGAAAAUGCAAAGUUCAAUUGACACUGGGGGACAACUCUUUCCAAUAUUUUGAAUUUGGAUGCAGUACCCAUUUCAACCACUAGCUUUCAAUGAUUGUUAGGAAAGAGCUCCAUGAACUGAACUAAGGCCUAGUCCACACAUACACGGGUAUUUUUAUAAACAGAGUUUUUCCUCCUCAGUAAAAAAAAAAAAAAAAAAAAGUGUCAAGAGCAUGCCAAACAGG